ACAAAUACUGUAAAACAUGUGGCGGAGGUAGAUUUUGUAGUUUCAGUGUGUGCUGAGGUUCAGCUGAGAAACAGGAAGAGGCGUAGUAUGACAAGUGUGCACAAAAUGGCCUAAACUUCGAAUUUCUUCGGCCGAUCUCACUUCGUCAAGACCCUAGAUCCUAGGUUCAUGUGUGCAAUGGGAGUCAUAAGAAGCUUAAAGUCGUGAGGAGAAAGGCAUUGUUACUGCGCAAUGUCUGACAACCACAACCAGCUACAUGUGCACACCCCCGUGGGGGAAGUGGAACAUACCCAUGUGCUGUCAGAACACAUCGGUGCACUGUUUCUGAAUGAUGAGUACAGUGAUGUGACGUUCCUUGUGGAGGACAAGAAGUUCCCGGCACAUCGGAUCAUUCUGGCUGCCAGGUGUGAAUACUUCAGAGCGCUGUUGUUUGGGGGCAUGAGAGAGUCAAAGCCAGGUACUGGUGAGAUCCCCCUCCCCGAGACAUCUGCCAUCGCCUUCCAGGCCCUGCUGAGAUACAUCUACACUGGCAAAAUCAACCUGGCAGAUCUGAAGGAAGAUAACAUCUUGGACGUCCUCGGUCUCGCACACAAGUACGGCUUCCUUGAGCUGGAGGCCUCCGUCUCAGACUACCUCCGCGCCAUCCUGAACAUCCGUAAUGUGUGCAUGGUGUACGACGUGGCCACACUCUACUCCCUACUGUCCCUUUGCCACACUUGUUGUGAGUUCAUGGAUAAGAACGCGCUGGAGGUGCUGAACAGCGACGGCUUCCUCACUCUCUCACAUGAUGCCUUGAAGGAGAUUAUAAGUAGAGAUUCCUUCUGCGCUCCGGAGAAAGACAUCUUUGCCGCCACUCUUCGCUGGUCCGAAGAAGAGCCAAAUAAAAAUGAGGACGUGCGGCAUAUUGUCAAGUCCAUCCGCCUCCCGCUGAUGAGCCUGGCAGAGCUGCUGAACGUGGUUCGUCCCACCAACCUGGUGGAACCAGACAACAUUCUGGACGCCAUCAAAACCCGGUCAGAGAGCCGCGACAUGGAUCUCAACUACAGGGGCUUUCUCACCCCUGAGGAGAACAUUGCGACCUUGAGACAUGGGGCAUCUGUCAUCAAGGGUGAGAUGAAGGCUGCGCUGCUGGAUGGGGACUGCACGAACUACGACCUAGACAGAGGCUUCACCAGACACCCCAUCGAGGAGAACAACGGUGGGGUUGUAGUGAAGCUGGGCCAGCCAAGCAUCAUCAACACCAUCCGUCUCUUACUGUGGGACAGGGACACCAGGUCCUACUCAUAUUACCUGGAAGUUUCCAUGGAUGAGAAGGACUGGCUGCGCGUUGUGGACCACUCUCGCUACCUGUGCCGCUCCUGGCAGACACUACACUUCCCCACCAGAGUCAUCAAGUAUGUGAGAAUAGUAGGAGUGCACAACACAGUGAACAAGGUGUUCCACUUGGUGUCCUUUGAGUGCUUAUACACAAACAAACCUUUCCAGUUAGAGAGGGGACUCCUGGUCCCUUCGGAGAACGUAGCAACAACCCAGCACAGCGCCAGUGUGAUUGAGGGCGUGAGUCGCAGUCGCAAUGCUCUGCUGAAUGGAGACACGAAGAACUACGACUGGGACUCGGGGUACACGUGUCACCAGCUGGGCAGCGGUGCUAUCGUGGUACAACUGGCACAACCAUUCAUAGUCGGCUCCAUGAGGUUGUUGCUGUGGGACUGUGAUGACCGCAGCUACAGUUACUACAUAGAAGUGUCUACAGACCAACAACACUGGGAACUGGUGUGUGACAAGACCAGGGAGGCAUGCAGAUCCUGGCAGGCAAUAUUCUUUGAAAAGAGACCUGUCACCUUUAUACGGAUAGUCGGGACCCACAAUACUGCAAAUGAGGUUUUCCACUGUGUUCAUUUUGAGUGUCCCGCCAACCCUAACAGCCCUGCGCCCUCAGACGAUGGUUCCUCUGACAGCAGCUCGGUGCAGGGUGCCAUGGGUGGCCCUCCCCCUGCCCUGGAUGGCUCCUUCCAUGCCCAGUACAACAUAUGACAGGACCAGUAUAGGAGUUUGCAUUGUAGUCCUAGCUUUGUAUGCUGUGUGGGGUGGUUUGCUGAAGAAAAGCCUGCCUGUAUCAGAUUUCAACAUUUUUGUGUACAGCAAUUCAGAUAUGAAUGUGUCUUCUUGAGGAAUUGUAUCCUUAAAAGCCAGCAAUGCUUAGAUUGCGUAAGAAUAUUUAUUGGGUAUUUGUGUAAUUAUGCCCUUCAUUCAAUAUUUGUAUGCUAACAGAAAAAAAUGUUAUUCUUGUAAUUUUGUUGACUUUAAAUUUUGUAAAUGAGAUACUUCACUUAGUUGUAAAUGUGUAGAUAUACUAAAGCAAUAUAUCUAAAAAAUAUUGUAUACCUUUUGAAUCUGAACUUAAUUUUUCAUAUUCUCAAAAUUAUUGUGAGUGUAAACUUGGUGAAUAUCUAUAGAAGAGAUGAAUUUUAAAAUUAGAAAAAGAUCAAAGAGAGGACCAAGUCUGUCAGAUUAUGCAAGAUUCUGUAUUGCUAUUGAUUUUAUGGUGUUCAUAUUGAUAAAGGAAAAUUUCAUGUAUACCAUGCCAAAGGUUUUGCCCCUCUUUAUGCAUACUUAUGAAGAUCAAAUCAUAGCAAGGAAUGACAAUGGUCACUUUACAGGUACUUGUGUAGGAAUUAAAACAUUAAUACAGUAUUAUGAAUAUACAGUUUUGUAUACAUGUAUCAACUGAAAGGAGGUGUUAUCCUCUGUAUUGUGAUGUCUGUAUUUAUGUCAUUCCUUUGACAGGUCAAAUUUAAUAGAAUUCCAGAUUGGUGUCAAUUAUGUAUUACGCCAAAGGGCAGUUAUAUAUGUUGGCCAAUUUGAAACGAAAGUACCAAACCUGUUCUUAGUCUUACAUGAGCAAAAAUGAAUUUUGAUGUUGCUGUUUGGAAAUGCUUAAAUCACGAAGGAAAAAUUGCAAUGAAGUAUUUUAUUGUUAUUUUCGUUUGGUUGCGUUAUCAGCCACUUUCCUUUGUGCCUGUAUGUAAAAUCAUUGAUCAUGUCAUUGGUUCAAGUAUACAGCAGUUUUCUUUGUCUUGUCUGCCAAGCUCUACAAAAUACCAUGAAAUCAUGAUGUCUUGGCCAUGAUAUGCCUAAAGUGAAAGGCAACUGUUAAUUGAAAAGAUUAUGGAUUUUUCUGUAACAUCAUUUCAAACAUGACUCCUGGAUAUGUGGACCACUACAGAUUGAAUCCUGGCAUGUGAUAUAUGAUGAUGUAAUUAUGGAAAGAGGCUGCAGUCAGCAUAGUUGGCUCAUUGAUUUUGUGUACAAUUUCCCGUGUGUGUUACUGGUACAUACAGAGGGUUUUUUUACAAGUAUUAAUCAGUGUUUGUUUGUGCCCCUUCAGUGUUUGUAAGGUUGAAGUGUAAAACUCUAGAUGUGCAACUAGGAACAGCGGCUCUGCAAUGGCUUUUGGUGUUUGUAACUCCUUGACAUUUAUAAGGAAGUAUGUUGCAUGUCAAGUCCCUGGCUGUAUUGUAAAUUUUACUGGAUGAAAAAGAAUUAUGAUAUCAAAUUACAACUGUGUUACAAAUUUGUGUGAAUAGUUGAUAUUGUUGGCAAAACAAGUGCAAAGAAUUACUAUGUAGUUGGUAGUCAAAUGGCAUAUUGCUAUCGCAGUAAUUAGUCAAGAACAGGAAUCCAAGGUAUAACAAAACUGUGAUGGAGACAAAACUAUUAUUUCAGGCUGCGCCAAUGUGAUUAGCUGUCUUUAAGAGGGAACAACAGUAACUUUUAGUGAAGAAUCGGAGAAACAUCUUGUCAAAUUGAUGUGACCUUGAUAUUACCAUGAUCUCUCCAUUCUCCUACACAGAUACAAACCAAUGUCUGUUACUCCGCUCAGUUUGAUGGACUUCAAUGACGUGGAUAUGUCUGUGCAUAGGAGAAAGGAUCUCUCUUGCUAUCCAGGUUACACAGAUAACAUUACUAGCAAAGGUGUUCACAUUGAUCAAUGUAACAUCCAGCAUGUAUUGAACACACUCUGUAGAAAUGUUUCUGCUGCAAUAUGCUGUGUACCAACCCUGGAUUUGUCCCACUUCUUGCAAAUCCAACAUGAUGUUUGACAGACAAGAUUUUUUAUAACUUCCCCCUGCUGCCUUCCCCAGUAACUGAAGCACACCUGGUGCCAAAAGGCUGCCUCCGCAGGGAAAGGUUAAGGAGGGUAUUGUUCAGAUCCUGACUGACAGCUAUGGAGAGUGUGGAAGUAUGUGAGGUGAAUAAUUAACAACCCUUUCACAGCAUACUAUUGAUGAGGUUGUGCACUGUUAGUAGUUUGACUCCCUUGCCCUGAGACUUUACACAAACUCAAUGACAGCAUGUAUUUUUUAUGUUCAUUUGUUGCUAAUGCUGCUUUAUAGCCGGUGUCAUGGACAAAGAUGUAUAUAAUAAAUUUAUGAUUGGACUGA